CGCUUAUAAAUAGACUAUCUCACUUCUACUUCAAAUACAUCUUUCACAUUUACUAUCACAUAAGAGAAAGCAAUGACACACAAAGUUGUUAUGUCUCUCCUUCCUUUUGUUUUGCUCUUGUUGAUUAAUGGUCAAGGAAGUUUUGCUAGAUAUAUAAAACUUCAGCAACAAAUUGGAGAAGAAAAAGAAGUUGAUCAACCUUACCUUGAUGGCUGGCUCAAAAAUCCAAUAAAGAACCAAAAACUCAUUUCUAACUCCAACCAAGUAUAUCUUGAUGGAUGGUUGAAAGAUAUCAGAGCUGAGAAAGCAAAGUCCCCCCAUAACGCGAACCAAGUUUACCUAGAUGGAUGGUUGAAAGAUACCCGAGCACAGAAAGCAAAAUCCACCUCUGACUCCAACCAAGUUUACCUUGAUGGAUGGUUAAAAGAUACCCGAGCAGAGAAAGAAAAAUCCACCUCUGAUUCCAACCAAGUUUACCUUGAUGGAUGGUUGAAAGAUACCAGAGCAGAGAAACCAAAGUCCACAUCUAAAUCCAACCAAGUUUACCUUGAUGGAUGGCUGAAAGAUACCCAAGCAAAGAAAGAAAAAUCCACCUCUGACUCCAACCAAGUUUACAUUGAUGGAUGGUUAAAAGAUGCCCGAGCAGAGAAAGAAAAAUCAACCUUUGAUUCCAAUCAAGUUUACCUUGAUGGGUGGUUGAAAGAUACUAGAGCAGAGAAACCAAAGUCCACAUCUGAAUCCAACCAAGUUUAUCUUGAUGGAUGGUUGAAAGAUACCCGAGCAGAGAAAGAAAAAUCCAUCCCUGACUCCAAACAAAUUUACCUUGAUGGAUGGUUAAAAGAUACCCGAGCAGAGAAACCAAAAUCCAUAUCUGACUCCAACCAAGUUUUCCUUGAUGGAUGGUUGAAAGACAGUCGAGUUGAGAAAACAAAAUCUACAGCAGACUCCAACCAAGUAUAUCUUGAUGGAUGGUUGAAAGAUAUCAGAGCUGAGAAAGCAAAGUCCCCCCAUAACGCGAACCAAGUUUACCUAGAUGGAUGGUUGAAAGAUACCCGAGCAGAGAAAGCAAAAUCCACCUCUGACUCCAACCAAGUUUACCUUGAUGGAUGGUUAAAAGAUACCCGAGCAGAGAAAGAAAAAUCCACCUCUGAUUCCAACCAAGUUUACCUUGAUGGAUGGUUGAAAGAUACUAGAGCAGAGAAACCAAAAUCCACAUCUGACUCCAACCACGUUUACCUUGAUGGAUGGUUGAAAGAUACCCGAGCAGAGAAACCAAAAUCUACCGCUGACUCCAACCAAGUUUAUCUUGAUGGAUGGUUGAAAGAUACUAGAGCUGAGAAUGAAAAAUUCACCCCAGACUCCAAGCUAGUUUAUCUUGAUGGAUGGUUAAAAGAUACCCGAAUGUAGAUUAUAUCUUUGUUUAUUAAUGCCUAUGUCAUUCCCGUGAUUUUCAAUGUUGUCCUAUGUUUUAAAUUUAUAUGUAUUGUAAGAUCUUAUUUCUAUGUACUAAGUAAGGUCUCGCUGUGUACUAAACAAUUUAGUGUUUCUAUGAGCUAGAUGUUUGUGUUUUAAGAGAA